AUGGCUGUGGCACCCCGGGCCCUGGCACUUCCCUGGUGCACUUCCCUGGUGCUCGCCCUGCUCAGCCUGGCACCGGUGCCCACCUUGGGAGGGUGCCCAUCGGCUUGCAGGUGUUCUUUUGCCAUGCUGCAGUGCCUGGAGCCAAACGGUAUCACCAGCAUCCCGGCACUGGCGCGGCAAGAGAGCGAGAAUGUGACAGAGAUUUUCAUAGAAAACCAAGCAGGCCUGGAGAAUAUAACAGAAAUUGAUCUUUUCAACUACCGAGAGCUGAAGAACCUCACGGUCACAUUAUGUAGGCUGAGGCUCAUCUCUGCGAAUGCCUUCCAACAAAACCUCAAGCUCCAGUAUGUGAACUUGGCAUCAAACUCUCUGGAACACAUCUCCUGGAGGGUGUUUCAUUUUCUACCGCUGCUCAACCUGGUUUUGAGGGACAACCCUCUUGUUUGCUCAUGUGACCUCCACUGGCUCCAGCAGUGGCAGCAUAAUGAACGUGGUGACCUAGACAACCAACUAUUGUCUUGUUUAUCCAAUGAUCAGGAAGUGGCCCUCAACUCUUUGGUGAUAGAUAACUGCAGUCUGCCGGAGGUGACCAUUUUCUCCUUUGAAGACAAGAUUCAAGAAGGUGGCAACCUGACAUUUGAAUGUCAUGUGACAGGAAGUCCAACUCCCAAUGUGAGAUGGAGAACUGAAGAUCUCAAGUCUCCUUUCUUCACCCGGGAGAUAAUCUUGGGCUCCACAUUACAACUGGUCCUGUACCUCACCAACGUUUCCUCCUAUGACAACCUGCACAACCUAACUUGUGAGGCCGAGAACCAAGCUGGGCCCGGGGAGGAGAUGGUGCAAUUGGACAUUGAGUUUCCAGUCAAAAUCAUCUACCUGAACAACGUUGAGCAGCAGCACCACUGGUGUUUCCCCUUUAUUGUGGAUGGUAAUCCUCAACCAACCAUCACGUGGCUGUAUGAUGGGAAAGAACUCAAGCAAUCAGAAUUCAUAUAUACCCAGUUCAUCCCUGACUUAACUGACGGAUCAAAGAAACACGGUUGUCUCUUCCUCGACAAGCCCACCCACAUAAACAACGGCCGCUACACUCUGAUUGCGCAGAACAAACUGGGAAGGGCUGAGGCCUCAGCCUAUGGGAUGUUUAUGGAGAACCCCUUCGACCCGUUCGAUCCUGAGGGGAUAAUUCCAGUUCCUACAGUCAAAUCAGACAUGAACGUCACAGAGAACUCGGAGAGUCGAGUGUUUGUGGUGUCUGUGGCUGUGGGUCUUGCUCUGUUUGCCUGCACGGUGCUUCUCAUCAUGGUUUUGGUUAUUAACAAGUGUGGCCAGCAUUCCAAGUUUGGUAUUCACCGUUCAUCGGUUUUGGGCGCUGAGAGUGAUCUGGCUGUGUCGCUUCGUUUCAUGAACUUUGGAACCAGCCUGCCUUCCUCAGAUGAAGACUCUGGUUUAUCCAGCUUUGUAGAGAAUCCACAGUACUUCUGCGGCAUCAUCAAGGAGAAAGACAUGUGUGUCCAGCAUAUUAAAAGGCAAGACAUUGUGUUGAAGUGGGAGCUGGGUGAAGGAGCGUUUGGCAAAGUCUACCUGGCAGAGUGUGCCAACCUCAGCCCCGACAGCGACAAGAUGCUGGUUGCUAUCAAAACUCUAAAGGACGCCAACGAAUCGACCCGGCAGGACUUCCAGAGGGAGGCGGAGCUGCUGACUGUGCUCCAGCACCAGCACAUUGUGCGAUUCUACGGCGUCUGUACCGACGGAGAGCCACUGGCCAUGGUGUUCGAAUACAUGAGGCAUGGAGACCUCAACCGAUUCCUUCGAGCUCACGGCCCUGACGCUCGUAUCCUGGAGGAGUCGAAGAUGCCCCCGCUGGGUCAGCUCACGCUGCCUCAGAUGCUGCACAUCGCCGCCCAGAUCGCCUCAGGCAUGGUCUACCUGGCAUCGUUGCACUUUGUCCACCGCGACCUGGCAACCCGCAACUGUCUGGUGGGGGAGGGCCUGGUGGUCAAAAUUGGAGACUUUGGCAUGUCCCGAGACAUCUACAGCACAGAUUACUAUCGGGUGGGUGGACGUACGAUGCUGCCAAUCCGCUGGAUGCCCCCGGAGAGCAUCAUGUACAGGAAGUUCACCACGGAGAGCGACAUCUGGAGCUUCGGCGUGGUGCUCUGGGAGAUAUUCACCUACGGCAAACAGCCCUGGUACCAGCUGUCCAACAGUGAGGCCAUCGAAUGCAUCACACAAGGACGGGAACUGGAAAGGCCACGCACCUGCCCCAAGGAGGUGUACCUGCUGAUGCAGGGCUGCUGGCAGAGAGAGCCCCAGCAGAGGAUGGUCAUCAAGGACAUCCACAACCGCCUGCUGGCCCUGGUCAAGAACCCGCCUGUUUACUUGGAUAUCCUGGGCUAAAGGGGACCACCCAGAACCAAACAGGGUGGAGAGGUUGAGGUUUUAUUUUAAGACGUACAGUAAAACUUGUUCCUUUUAAAUCCAUUACUCAUCAGGGGUAAUCAUCUUAAACGGGUUCCUCUUAGUUUAAGUUUAAAAAUAUAUUCCUGUUCUUCCGGUUGCUGCUUUUCCAGCCUUUAUGCUUGACAGCAGUCUGCAGUGAUCUUUCCAAGUCAGUUUUUCAUCAUCCCGGCUCGACCCUGAUCCCUUUUUCUGCUCCGUCAUUCUCUGGAAAACUGUCAAAUGUUUUCCCAAGUGUUUAAUGUUUAUCUGAAGUGCGACCAGUCUGAUGGAGGGACAUGCAUGGAUAAGUUGAAGUAACUGUAUAUAUGAGAUGAAUGCUUGUCGAGGGAUUAUGACUCUCAGUUCCCUGCGAAUGUUUGCGAGCUGAGCUGUGGUACAUUUUAUAGACUCUACAGUCGACACUUGUGUCAAAAGGCAAUUAGAAAAUGAAACAGAUGAUUACAAGAGAGGGCACUUCACAUUGAGUCAAAAGUGAUUUUUUCAGAUUUGGGUACAGCAGAUAGUCAUUUGUAUUGUCACUGAUUUUGAAUAAGUUUUGAUAUGGAAGGUUAUUUAAAGGCAUUCAGUAAAUGUACAUAACAUAUCAAAGUUGUACAAUCAAAACCUUUGAGCGCUUGUUUGUUUCUGAUGUGUCAAAUCCAGUGUAUCAUAUGAGUAUUUUUCAAAACCAAGAACAAUAUGUCAUAUAUUAGUAGUGAAAGUGUGUGUUUACAUUUAAUGCUGUCUGUUUUGCUGUCAAAUAUGGACAAAAAAUACUUCCAAAGAUCAACGCUUUGACCUUUGGCCUGCCUGCGAAACUCAGGGGUGGCUUUCAUACAAAUUAGCGAUGUUUAACAUGCUACUGUAGUGCCCUUCAGAAUCAAAGCACUGCAGUGAAAUUUGGUAAGGGGGCAAGAUGGUGGGGAGGUGCCACGCUGAGAUGGUUUUAGAGGUAACAGAUGGAUUCAAGUGAGUGAAACUCCAGGAGGAGAGGGACAGAUGGCACUGAAACAGAGACUAGAGGUGAGGCCACCACCAUGGAAAAAAAAAUGAAGAGGGUAAAAGACUGAGUAUACGAACCAGUGUGAUGCCUAUAUGUGUACAUAUUAAAUGUACAUACCCUGUAUUAAUGUCUGAAAAAAUAUAUAUAUCUUCGUGUAUUGUUACUCCAGCACUUUGUAUAU